AUGCUCUCUCGUUUUACAAGUGCUAAACGUCAAGUGUCAUCUACCUUAAAGAGACAUGUGCGUUUUAACUCCAAUGUCUCCACGCCUACCAUCAUUGAAACUUUGCCCAAUGGUAUUCAAGUUGCAAUAGAUCCAACACCGUCUUACUUUUCUGCCUUGGGUUUUUAUGUGAAGGCGGGUAGUAGGUACGAGGGCACAUACGGCUUAAGUGGAUGUUCCCAUAUUUUAGAUAAAUUGUCCUUCAAGUCUUCUCAGAAUUUUGACUUGAAAAAUAUGACUGAGUCUCUUAAUAAACUCGGUGGCAAUUACAUGUGCGCCUCAUCUAGAGAAUCCAUGAUUUAUCAGGCCAGUGUUUUCAAUAACGAUGUUGAGAAGAUGUUUGAACUUCUAACAGAAACAGUUGUUAGGCCAAAAUUAACACAGGAGGAGAUUGAUGAGCAAUUAUUAGGUACGGAAUACGAAUUGAAUGAAAUAUGGCUGCAAAGUGAUUUGCUGUUGCCCGAACUUUUCCAACAGGUUGCUUACUCUCAUAAAAAUCUAGGCUGCCCGUUAUUGUGUCCUGCUGACAGGCUAAACAAAAUUAGAAGAGAUGAUUUACUGAAAUACAGAGAUACUUUCUAUAAUCCUGAGAAUCUAGUCAUUGCGUUUUCUGGUGUUGAAGAAGACCAAGCACAUAAACUAAUUGAAAAAUAUAUGGGUGAUUUCAAGUCAAAGUCAAACGCAAAAUUGAUUAUGGAGCCUGCCCAGUAUACAGGUGGUGAGUUUUCGUUGCCAAUCCCAAAGGGCAUAGAAUAUAGAGGUGAAGAAUUCCAUCAUCUUUAUGUCGGUUUUGAAGGUGUAGAUAUUCAAUCCAAAGAUAUUUAUAAAUUGGCUGUCUUGCAGAUGCUAAUUGGUGGUGGUGGCUCCUUUAGUGCUGGUGGACCUGGUAAAGGUAUGUACUCAAGAGCUUACACCAGAGUUCUAAACCAAUAUGGUUUUGUGGAAAGUUGUAAGAGCUUUAUUCAUAAUUUUACCGAUAGCGGUUUAUUUGGAGUUUCCCUGUCAUGUGUCCCCCAGGCUGAUAGGGUAAUGGCUGAAUUGGUUGGUUAUGAAUUUAACUUGCUAAUGAGUCAUGACGUUGGUAAGGGUGGUAUUUCUGAUAGAGAAGUCUCAAGGGCUAAGAAUCAACUGAAAAGUAGUUUGAUGAUGAAUUUGGAAAGUAAGAUGGUUCAGUUAGAAGAUAUGGGCAGACAGGUCCAAAUAUACGGUAAAAGAGUCGAUGUGAUUGAAAUGUGCGAACAAAUUGAUAGUGUUACCAGGUCUGAUGUCAUUAAGAUGGCUGAAAAGGUAUUUACCGGCAGCGAGCCAACUAUAGUUGUACAGGGAAAUAGAGAAGAUUACGGUGAUAUUAGGGGUAUGCUAAACAGAUAUGGUUUAGGGCAGCAACCUAAAACAAGCGAGGAUAACUCUAAAAGCAGGAAGUGGUUUUAA